AUGAGCUCGACAAUUUAUGACUCGGCUGACUUUCACGGCAAGUUUACAGCCGCAAACGUGACGUCUGAUAGUACUCAGUACGAUCAUGCAUACAUACUCUUGCUUCAGGUCAAGCUAAGCGAGGCCGGCUCAGAGAGCGGCAUUCCUGGUAAUUCCAUCUCGCUCAUAGUACGUCUUGUUUCACUGGUCAGCACUCAAGGACAAGGUAUCAAUCUGACAGCGCAGUGUGCCAUCUUCUGUGGCUUGAAACGGCCGGAUCUCAUCAGCGCCUAUUUCCAUGAACUGACACAGGGCGAGACGGACGAGUCCAAGCUCAAAAUCUACUUUCACAUGAGAGAAUCGAUGAAUGUCGUCUGGCCAUUUGUUGGGCUGCCCAAUGUCAUCAGCGCUUGUUACGGCCUUUUCGAUGAAUUGCGCAAGCUAGGGUUGGAACCGCCCGCUGAGGUGAAAAGACCUGGUCUGGGAGAAAUGGACUGGGUCAAGAUCGGUGACCAAAACCGCCGGGCGAUCUAUAAAGGUUCGAACAACAUCGAUGGAAUUGCUAUGCUAGAGAAGUACUUUCCUACUCUCAGCGGAGCAGUUGUACAGGGAUACCUUCAGUACGGUGCCGGGGAGCCUGAUUCCCUGCCUCAGACAGAACUAUUGGUAGCUGCUGCGAUCACAGCGUCAGGGGUGCGCCGGCAGUCGCGAACUCAUUGCCAGUCGGCGCUUGGACUUGGAUGCACCGUGGAGAAGGUUCAGGCUGUUGUCGAUGUUGCAGCUGCACUGGCAAACUGGAACAAGACGCCGCUUGGCUCUGAUUUUGAUAUCAACGCAUUGUCAGCUGAGACUGCGGCAAACGUGGAAAAAAGAAAGACUUAG